AUGACGGUAGUAAAGCCAGCUGGCCCAUCUUUCGAACAUCACCACAGCGGCAUCGGCAUACAAUGCGCACGACCUCGGAUAUCUUGGCAAUAUGAGCCGGUCAAACAGCAUGAAUCUGUCUAUGACUGGAGUCAGACUGCCUACGAGCUAGAGAUCGUCAGCACAGAUGAAACGCAGGCAUCAAGCUAUCUACAUCGUGUAGACGGCGAAGAGUCUAUUCUGGUUCCAUGGCCGGCUCAAUGCAGCGCUUUGAGAUCGAGAGAAUGCCGGAGGGUGCGUAUACGGGGCUACGGACGAUACAAGACGAGCAGAGCGCCUGAUGCUGCAUGUCAAGAAGAUCGAUCAGAAUGGUCCGACUGGGCAGUCGUGGAAGCAGGCUUGUUGGAUGCUUCUGACUGGGGCGAGGCUGUGAUGAUAACCCUAAGUGAACCUUUCCAGCUCAACUCCGACGGAUCUGCACGGCCGCUCACGUUCAGAAAGUGCUUUGAGUCGCUCGAGGGCACAGGCUCGGUGACGAGAGCGAGACUUUACGCCACCAGUCACGGAGUCUAUCGAGCUACGCUGAAUGGCAGCACGGUUGGAGAUCAGGGUAUGUCGCCAGGUUGGCAAAGCUUCAAGAAACGACUUCACUACCAAGUCUACGAUGUCACAAGUCUGCUUUUAUUGGGAGGGCCCAACACUCUGACUUUCGACGUUGGUCCCGGUUGGUACGCUUCGGCUUUGACGUGGGAACUUACAAGGUUUUGCUACGGCAAGUCACUGGGACUUCUCGCGCGGCUGGAGAUUGACGUUGAAGGCUUGGAUGAGACCAUCGUGGUCUGUUCAGACCCAUCUUGGAGAGCCACAACCUCAUCCGUCCUCAGCAGCGAGAUCUACGGCGGUGAGACUUUCGACCAAGCACGAGUUUCGCAGAUUCGCAAGGGUUCCGAGGAGGUUCUGUGGCGUGACACCAAAAGAUCAGAUGAGCUUGUUGCACCACUGACUUCUCCAGAAGCUCCACCUGUAAGAGUCACUGCACACAUCCCUGCGGUGUCAAUCACCAAAGCCAGACGUAGCAAGCACAUCAUCGAUUUCGGUCAGAACAUUGCCGGUCGAGUCCUCGUCAAACAUCUGCUGAGACCCGCCGGACACCAAGUCACUUUCCGCCACGCCGAGGUCCUGACCGAUGGAGAGCUCGAGACGCGACCUCUACGAGAAGCACACGCGACCGACACGAUCAUCUGCGACGGCACACUCCUUCAUAACUGGCACCCUCUAUUCACGUUCCAUGGCUUCCGCUACGUCGAGGUUGAUGGCUGGACACCGGAGGACCCCGAGACCCCACUGACAACUGAAAGCAUUGUUGCAGAGGUCAUGCACUGCGACAUGGAGAGGACCGGAACAUUCUACUGUUCCAACGACGAAAUUAACAGACUGCACGAGAACGCGGUGGGGGGCAUGAGAAGCAACUUCCUCAGCAUCCCAUCCGAAUGUUCUUCUCGCGACGAAAGGCUUGGCUGGACGGGCGAUAUCAACAUCUUCGCACCUGUAGCGACGUUCCUGUACGACACCGUCGGUAUGCUUAGAAACUGGCUGGAAGAUCUGUGUGCGGAUCAGAUGAUGGACGAGCACGAGCACUGGCAAAAAGGUGUUGUGCCGUUGUUCGUGCCGUGUCUACCUCGGCAUACUCCGAGCCUGAUGCCGAAUGGUGUAUGGGGAGACGCGGCUGUCAUGGUACCCUGGCAGUUGUUCAUGCAGUCCGGCGACGUCGCUUUACUUGGUCGACAGUAUGACAGCAUGAAGCAGUAUCUUGAACACGGCGUCCGACGAGGAUCAGACGGUUUAUGGCAUCCUGAGCAAUGGCAAUUUGGCGACUGGUUGGAUCCCAACGCGCCAGUCAACGACUCCGGCAGAGGCCGGACCGACGGCACGUUUGUCGCAGACUGCUAUCUGGUCCAGUCCACCAAGAUAGUGGCAAUGGUCGCGGAGCGGCUAGGCAAUACGGCGGAGGCUCGCAACUUCCAGUCAAUGUCGCAAGACCUCUUAUCAGCGUUCCAGAACAAGUACAUCACACCCUGUGGACUAAUCGUUCCAGACAGCCCGACCGCCCUAGCCCUUGCCAUCGCCUUCGACCUGACACCCUCACCUCAAGCAGCAGUAAGCCGCCUCUCCCGCUCCCUCCGCACCAACGAUUUCCGCAUCACAACCGGCUUCGUAGGCACAGCGCAUCUCCUUCACAGCCUCUCCAAAUCCAAUAUGACCAACCUAGCCUACCAAAUGCUUCUCUCAAAGUCUGUGCCAUCGCUCCUCUACCCUGUCCGCAUGGGCGCCACGACGAUCUGGGAACGCUGGGACGCGAUCAAGCCCGACGGGACGGUCAAUCAGGGGAGUAUGACUAGCUUCAACCAUCAUGCAUUGGGGAGCUGUGUCUCGUGGCUGCAUGAAUAUGCGGGCGGGAUCAAGGCCCUGUCUCCCGGGUGGAAGACUUUCGCAGUGAAGCCGGAGAUCAAUCGAGCAUUGACAUGGGUGGAAGUUGGAUUCGAAUCGCCGUAUGGUAGGAUUGAGAGUCGGUGGGAGCUGGACGGUGAUUCGUUUGUGAUGAUGGUGCUUGUGCCGCCCAAUACUCAUGCGCUGGUGUCGCUGCCGAACGGCGUUGAAGAGCAGCUUGAUGAGCAAGGCGGGCGGGAGAAGUGGUUCGGGUCUGGCAGAUACCGGUUUGAAGCUGUGUAUACUAGGGCUGAUGAAGAGAUUGAGGCAAUUCUGCCGCCGUGGGGACGUGCUGAGUACUGA